AUGGAGUCUAUUUCUCCCUUUUAUUCUCUGACCCCAGAGGUGCGAUACUCCCCACCAUGGCAGAACUUGAGCAUCAUUGGUAUCGCUGGGAGCUCCGGCUCCGGCAAGACCUCAGUGGCCAUGGAGAUUGUCAAAUCCCUGAAUCUGCCAUGGGUGGUGAUUUUAGUUAUGGAUUCCUUUUACAAGUCCUUAUCUCCCGAGGAACACCGCAAAGCGCAUGCAAACGAAUAUGACUUCGACUGCCCAGCAUCCAUUGAUUUUGAUCUUCUGCACCAGCGCCAGCCUCAGACUACCACGUUGUACUCGCCUCGAGUGCUCAUUUUGGAGGGGAUCUUGGCCCUUCAUGACCCCCGCAUUGUAGAGAUGCUGGAUGUCAAGUUCUGCGGGAUGUCCGUGAAAGAGGGCGGGACAUUGAGGGGAUCAUCAAACAGUGGUUUGACUAUGUCAAGCCAUCAUACAAUAGAUAUGUCGAGCCCCAACGACCUAUUUCUGCAUAUCCAGCGCAAGCUUCAGGAGAAGUCCGAGCAGCACACUGAAGAGCUUCGCAAGCUAGGUUUCCUAGCUGCAGAAGUGGAAUUGCCCCCGAAUGUUCAUGUGAUGCCCUCAACGCCGCAGUUCCUCGGGAUGAACACAAUUCUGCAAAACCCAGCGACCGAGCAUGUGGAAUUUUACCUUGGUUUAUUGCCGAAAGGGACUGUAUCGGCAGUGGCCAUUCUACGUGGUGGCUCGUGCUUGGAAACUGCUCUGAAACGAACCAUCACUGACUGCAUCACGGGCCGCGUGCUGAUCCAGACGAAUGAGCACAACGAGGAGCCCGAGUUACAUUAUCUCAAGCUUCCCGCCAAGCUGGAGGAGCAUGCCACGGUCAUGCUUCUUGAUCCGCAAAUGUCUAGUGGUGGUGCCGCCCUGAUGGCCGUGCGGGUUUUGAUGGAUCAUGGUGUGGACGAGAACAAGAUUGUCUUCGUGACAUGUGCUGCUGGGGCCAGAGGCCUGAAACGGUUGACUGCGGUGUUCCCCAAGAUAAAGGUUGUUGUUGGCCGGAUUGAGGAAGAGGGAGAGCCGCGAUGGAUGGAAAGGCGCUAUUUUGGUUGCUAA